UCUCGUGCGAGAGAGAGAAGAGAAACCAGCAGGCGGCUCCGGGGCUCGCGCUCUCUCGGUUGUCAAGGCUCCUCACCAGCAGUCUGACUUCUCUCCUCGCUGCUGCGGCUGCACGCUGACAGCUCGCUGUUUUGUGUCGGAUUUUCUGCCUAUUUGGAUUUCUAUGUUUUGGUAGAAGUGACGGACUAUCAAGAGCUUCUCGUUAACACCAGAGUAAAGGGACAGAGAAUGGUUGCAGGUGUAGACAGGUCAUCUAUCCCCCUCCUAAUGAUGAUGGAUGGCAGGACUGCAGAGAGCGAGAGCGGAGAGAAAAGUGGAGCGAUGCAGGGAGAUAAAGAAAUAGCAGAGUAUUGAACCCUGCCUGCUCAGACACCGUGACUCCAGACAGACACACUGGGUGACGGACGCUGAAAGAGAAGUGGGCAGAUAAACAGAUUGGAGGACAGUGGGGGAAGCAGAACCUCUUGUAGAGCGGUGGCCAGAGUGACGGACGAACACAUGAGGAGCGGAAACGGCGUGACAGCAACAUCCUGACCGCUAACCUUGCUUCUGAACCCCCCCUCCCCACCACACGCCCAGCAACUCUAGAAGCAGGGCGUCAGAAGGAAGGAAACGUGCGACCACUCCUCCUGCAGGCAUGAGGUCCUUCCGUUCCUUCAGCAACGAUGACCGCCACGUCAUGGCAAAACACUCCACCAUCUACCCCUCCUCUCAGGAGCUGGAAGCCGUUCAGACGCUGGUGUCCACAGUCGAGUGCGCCCUCAAGCACGUCUCCGAUUGGUUGGAUCAGAGCAGCAGCGAAGCCCACAGCCAGGUCGAUGUAAAACCAGCAGACAGCACAGAGGAGGAUGAUCCUGGCGACGAGCCCAGCAAUGAAACUGAGGAUUCCAGCGACAGCUACAGAGAACCCAGCAGUGGUGGCGUGCUGUGUGGAGUGAUGAGGAUCGGCCUCGUGGCCAAAGGCUUGCUGAUCAAAGGCGACAUGGACCUGGAGCUGGUGCUGAUGUGCAGAGACAAACCCACGCAGACACUGCUGGACACUGUCUGUCACAAUUUACCCACACAGAUAGAGAAGCUGACAGAAGAGAAAUAUGAGGUCACGAGCUCCUUGCCCGAGGCAGCCAUCUUGGUACGAACUACAACAGAGCCCAAACUCACACUCACGAUUACCCUCACCUCGCCGGUCAUGAGGGAAGACGACGAGGACGAGGACGAGGAGGAGGAGGAGGAGGAGGAGGAGGAGGAGAUGGAGAAUGGGGAGGAAGGACAGGAGGAGGAGGAGAAGGAGAAGGAGAAGGAGGAGGAAGUGGAGGAUGAAAAGGAGGAGCAGGAGAAGAAGAAUGGGCGAGUGUUGGGUGCUGCCGCGCAGAGAGUGGAGGCUGAGGAGGAGGAGGAGGGGGAGGUGCUGGAUAGACACAGAUGUCUGUUGGCCCUGGCAGCGCUGCGACACGCCAAGUGGUUCCAGGCUCGAGUGAACGGGCUCAAGUCCUGCGUUAUCGUUCUCAGGAUACUUAGAGACAUGUGCAAUAGACACCCCGUCUGGGAACCUCUCAAGGGAUGGCCCUUAGAGCUUAUCUGCGAGAAGGCAAUUGCCACCUGCAACAGACCUCUCGGGGCUGGAGAAGCCCUGCGUCGAGUCAUGGAGUGUCUGGCCUCAGGCAUACUGCUACCAGGUGGUCCAGGUUUACACGACCCAUGUGAGAAAGAGCCAACAAACACACUAGCCAACAUGACCGACCAGCAGGCUGAGGCCAUUACCUUCCGCGCACAGCACGCUCUCAGACUCAUGGCGUUCGGACAGAUCUACAAGGUGUUGGAGAUGGAGCCUCUUCCCUCAAAUAAACCAUCGCAGAAAUACCCUUGGUCUGAUAAAGAAGGCUUAGGUCUGAAGAGGCCAUACGAGGAUGGAGCGAUGGAUGACAAGGACCUCAUCAAGAAGAUGAAGAGGAAUCUGAGGAAAGUCCUAGACAGUAAAGCCAUAGACUCCAACCAGCCAAUGAACGCCCUGAUGCGGUUGAACCAGAUCCGGCCGGGGCUGCAGUAUCGCCUGCUGUCCCAGUCGGGCCCGGUUCACGCUCCGGUCUUCACAAUGUCUGUGGAUCUGGACGGAACCAUUUACGAAGCGUCCGGAUCCUCCAAGAAGACCGCCAAGCUCCACGUCGCCGUCAAGGUUCUCCAGGCGAUGGGCUACCCGACAGGUUUCGACUCAGACCUGGACCCCAUGAGUUCAGACGAGAAGUCGGACGGCGAGGGGAAGAGCGAGACGUCGUCACACACUAGCAAUAACCCAAAACACUCCUCGGACAGUUCAAACACACUGGAGGUGCGAACUCAGGGCCCCAUACUGACGGCGAGUGGGAAGAACCCUGUCAUGGAGCUAAACGAAAAGAGACGAGGCCUCAAAUAUGAACUCAUCUCUGAAAGCGGAGGCAGCCACGACAAACGCUUUGUUAUGGAGGUGGAGGUCGAUGGGCAGAAGUUUCGUGGGGCAGGUCCCAACAAAAAAGUAGCAAAGGCCAGCGCUGCUUUGGCAGCUCUGGAAAAACUCUUCUCUGGUCCCAACGCAGCUGCAAACAAGAAAAAGAAGAUAUUGCCUCAGUGGGUCUGUGUUCAGACUAAAGGAGCCCUGGCCGCGGCAGCAGCAGCCUCAGCAGUAGCAGCUCAGGUAGCCAGAGGAAGAGGAAGAGCAGCCCUCGCGAGAGGAGCCUUCGUCAGUGCAGCCGCACCUGGAUACGUCACGCCAGGCUUUGGGACACCGUAUGGCUACAGCCCUGCUGCAGCAGCUGCUCCUGCAUACGGUGGUCUUUUCAUUGACAAUCCCUUCUACCAGCCUCGGACCCUCGCUCCUUUUAUCAUUCAUCUGGGUCCCCAGGAUCUCUUCUCUGACUUCUAGAGGCAGCAGGUUGUUGGAUACUCUCUUCACACUUACCUGUCCGUAUACGCAGGACACCUGUUUUUUCUGUCCGUCUAAGCGGGCUGCCUUUCUAUCCAGGUGACGGACUCACAGAACCAAAACUGUUUCUGUUUGAUCAUGUCCGCUGGGAAAAAAAAAAAAGCCCGACAGCAGCGGCGGAAACUAUCUCACCUACUGACCGAGAGGCUCAUAGCUCCUCUCUGUGUUUUCUCUACUCUCCGCCCAGAUUAUCACUUCAGAGGAGAGAAACUUUACACGAAGCAAUACUCUGAUUUUACGAGAAACGUUCAGCUGCGACUGUGCGAGGCUGGGCUGAACUUCUUUCUUAUAGCAAUACACCAGAACUCCUCUCUUCGAGCUUACUUACUUGAGAAGAUGUGAAUGUCCGACGGAGUUUGACCCAACACAGCAUUGCAAUAGCUCAUUCUGAUUGUAUAUUCAUUGUAUGUGUGUGUACGUGUGGCUAUAACAUGACUAUAUACACAUAUAUGUAUGGUGUAUGUUUCUAUAACGAUGUGUUGACAAUAAUAUUACUAUACGAUGAUGUAUUUAUGUAAAUAUUCUAUAAAAUAUAACUAUUGUUGGUAUAAAUUAUUUUAGAAUUAUAAAGUGAGAUGUAACUGUAAUAUCACAGUAUAGCUUUCUUCCAAUUUUAUAUACACUGAGCAAUUGAAGCUAGAUCUAGGAGAUGCAAUAUUAUCUUUGGUAUUCCUAUUAACCUGUGCUGUUAGAAUAUUAAUGCUUCCUUCUUUCCUUCCUUCCUCUCCUUCCUCUCCUUCCUCCUCUAUCUUUGAUGUCUUUCUGAGCCUUUCUGAGCACGCUCUCUGCUGCCCGAGGUUUGUUUACGUGGCCCGGACCAGAGGUGCUCGCUACUACUGAACACACUCAUAACCUAAUCACACACACACGCACACACACUUUUUUCCUGUCAGAAAGCACAUUUUCUAUAGUCUCACUGCUGGCAGGGAAUACUGUUGUUACAAAUACAGUACUGUAUGUGUAUAGUAUGUGUAUACUCUGAUGUACGCGCUCCUCCAUCUGCCAUUAACACAUUAGCGGACUCACCCAUCAACACUCGGUACAAUCGUCAGCUCUGUCCCGCUCGCCUUAGGAACCAAAAGCACAGCUCACUCACACUCCGUCUUUCUGCAAACACACACAUUCACACACACCCCUCCCUCCACCCUCCUAUGGCAAUCCUCUACUGUAACGAACUAGAUGCUGCUGGUGGCAGAUACAGUGUUCUUACACAAUGGGAAAGACACAGCACAAACUACUGGCUAACUAAUUAAAGGUAUAGCCCAGCAAAAGUCUUCAAAAGCAGGGCUUUGAAUUGGAUUUAUGACUUUGAUUGGAAUAUGCACAUUUCAGUGGUUUGGCAAUGUCACCUGUAGGUUUCUGGAGGGAUGAGGUUUUACGUUUGGCUGUCUUUGCAGGUCACUGAUGCCAGAAAAUUUGAGCAAAAGAAACCUGGCUAGAGCUGAGGUGGAUUGAGGAAGUUUCGUCUAGGGAUCCACCGAUCCAACAUGCCCGUUCAGUAUCGACCACGGCAAUCUCUGGCCUCAUGUUAGAGUACAUUAAAGGGGACCUAUUAUGCUUUUUUAUUUUCAUGUGCAUACUCGUAUUUGGUUUUUUUUAAUAGAACAUAUUUGCAUACUUUAAUGUAAAAAAGGUUUAUUUUUCUCAUACCGGCUGUGCUGCAGCACCUCUUUUCACCCUCUGUCUGAAACGUUCUGUUUGAACUCCUGCCCCCUCCGCCCCGAAAAAUUCCAGUUUGCUCUGAUUGGUCGGCUGGCCCACUCUGUUAUGAUUGGCCAACCGAACCAAAUGCUUCGGACUGUGCUCCAGCUCACUCGAUCUAGCUUUGUUUGCGGGCGUGCCAAACUAGCCGCUACGCAAAAUGUGUUACUUGGUGACAUCAGCAUGUUACAGAAGAAAAGGCGGGAUUUAAUGCAAGGCGUUUCAGGUAGUUCAUGAGUAGUUUUUCUGUGGGGGAGAGUAAAGAGUGGGCUUUGUAACUUUGCAGACCUUUUACAAUGCACAACAAAAUAUAGAAUGAAAGGGGAGAAAAAAACACAAAAGCAUUAUAAGUCCUCUUUAAAAGGAUUCCGGCAGAUAACCUGAGUUGAGGUAUCGGAGUUUAGAGAGAAAAAGUUGGAUUGGUGCAUGCCUAGAUUCAGCCACCGUGGCAAGAAAACAGCCUGCAAAACCUCUGAGUAAGACUAAAUAUGCUCUUAAAGGAACAGUGAUUCUGAACAUUUCCACCGCGGCACACUUUUGAGGAAGCAAAAUUAGCUUUUAAGGUCAAAAAAGUACAGUGGAAACCUCUUAUAGUGAUCACGUCUGUCCGGGUCACAUUGAUCACUGUAAGUGGAUGAUUAUUACAAACAUUUUUUUCUUUAUUUCUCAUGGAGAUUACCAAUUGACAUUUGUAUAAUUCACUUUCUUUUUCCCGUUGUAAUUUCAAUGUGCACGCACCACCAGCCUCAGUUAAACAGCCGGAAAUACUGCAAGGCAAAGUAUCAUGGGAGUUAAGUUAUAAAAAAAAAAUAGAAUUACUGUAGUUUUUAAUUUUUAUUUCCAUGAAAACGGACUACUUGAUUACUUUAAGCAAAUUAUUUAAACAGCAUUUGUGUUGGAAUGAUUCUGUCGCUAGCUUUUUGAUCCAUAUAUAAGCGGUUUCCACUGUAUUUGUAUUUUGAGACAGAAGUUGGGUCUCUUUGAGGAAUUGAAGCCUCCUCAUGCAGUUAAUCUUUCUGCAAUUUAAGGCAAUUCUGCACUGGCUAGUCACAAGGAUGUUGAACUGCUGCGGAGAUAUUUGGGGAAUGGAGGAAAUGGAAUUUGGCUGGUUAUCAUUUUUAGUCUGAAAAUACAUGUAUAUUGCACUUAGUAGUUGACUGUGUAGUCUUAACGCUGUGGGUUUAACGCUGCUAUAGCACGGUAGUAAUUAGACUAAGCAAUGAGAUAUUCUAUUAAACUCUAAAGUGCUUUAUGUAUAACAGUCUAAUUUUGGGGUAUUGUUGGAACCAAACAGGUGUCACAACACUGUUCCGAUAGCAGUCACAGACAUAGUACUCACUCAGCGCUGUGUGGGCUUUCUGCAAAUUUCUGCGGUGCUUACAUACUUCUGAGAGCUCUUCAUCCGUUAUUUAUUUAUUUUUAGCCUUUAAUAGAGACAAGGUGUCAGUCGGCAGCGGCAGAAUCGAACAGCAUGUGCAUCAAAAGGCUUUGAUUCUCCUCGCGCUCGCCUUGAUCUGGGCGCCGGUUUGAUCUCCUGUGUUUGUGUCGGCUUUGAUUCAACAAAAACGACGUCUGAGAACGAGACUCACUCAGGCCCCCCGAAGCCCAAUUUUUUCGAGACGAUAAGUCAAAUUAGAGUUUGCGAUGCCGCUGAGCUGACAGCGAAAAGAAUUUGGACAGUUUUACUGAAGAUGGAAUAAAAUCCAUCAAGCUGUGAUUGUUAGGUAAACUGGAGGAUAUCCUGUUUCCCCUCCAGUUGUGUGUCGGAGCGUUGAGGUCAAGCACAUAAGCUCUCGGCCAUUUGUGUUUGAGCAGCUGGUUCCUCAACUUAAACAUCCACACAGUGUGCUGUUAUGUGUUAUAGCAAGAGUCCACUCCCAUGCCCAUGUGGUAGCCACUGUGCUCCCCGUAAACCAUCAAAUCACGUCGUCCCAUCUCAUCCGGGAGAGGAGCUGCUUUGCAGUUUUUCAUUCUGGUGUUGGAAUUCACGUGGAGGUGAAUAACUUGGAGCUUUACUGUGCGGAAACAGACCUUCUCUAUCGGCUGAGAAUUUAUCCUAAUUUCCCCUCCGUCUCUCUCUCUCUGCCCCCGUCCCCUCUGUCCAGAUGGCCCACAUUAAUAAGGCAGACAGUCAUACCUCAGUGAGCAACCUUUUCAUUUCCCCUCAGACUGAGCAGACACGCAGGAGGAGUCACCCUGACUACUGACCCUGUCCUCUUGGUCUGUUGGCUGGACGACCGCGUUCAGAGGAAGGGUGGCGGAGCGAGAGCUCAGGGAAACGCAGUCGGUCUAGAACUGGCACACAGGCGAUCUGGUGGGACUGUAGCGAUUGGGGAGUUGUUGUCUUCUAGUUAGGCAGAGGUCCCACGUGUGUGUUUCUUGUUAGGCUUUACAAUGAAAUGUGAGGAAAAACAACAUUUUACCGCUACUUUAAAGCCCCUAGUGGUUUGAGUAGAAAAAUAGAUAAAAGCAUCCAUGCUGUUUGUGGUCUAAUAGGGAUUAUUGAAGGGGAAAAAAAUACAUUUUCUUGUUCUUUCAAAGUACUAGUGUAGUUCCUGUUCAAAACAUGCCUGUCCAGAAUGGGCCGAAUGCUUGGCCUGUGGUGUUGCUGCUUGGAGCUUUCUCGAGAACCGCUCAUCCAAAAAACUUCACACUCAACACUGCGCUUCCUUGGUUCCUGAGCAAUACACCUGCCAUGAUAUAGUCGCGUCACACACCCAAGUUGCGGCUACUCACGGUCCGACACCGAUGAAAUACACUCUGGUUCACAGGGGAAAAAACACACCCAGGUCGGGGUUAUUCGCAGCCCGAAAAAUCAGUGAAAUACACUUACAAGAGGUAAUUUCCAAAUAGGCGCAUCAGUCGCUUGCUUUGACAUAACCACUGCGGUUAUAAAGUAGAGCUUGGAUUUAAUUAGCGGAGGUAUUUUGCUUGCAGUAACAGUAUUAGUGUUAUAAGUUAGCAUCAAGUCUUACACCAGGGACGGGGGGAAAACACACACUGGUGAAAUACACCUUGGUUCGAUUCUGCUUCCAGUUGGCUAACCAUUAUUUUAUUAAUAUUGAACGUGUCCAAAUUGCACAAAAUUCGACACUGCACGUCCCCAGCAACACACCCAUCGAGUGUGACGUCGAUUGGAUGAACGGUUAUCAAGACAUGCGUGUAACAGAUAGACAGAGAUGACUUGCUUUACAGUUUGAUAUAUUUGGUGAUGAUGUAGAGAAAGCGUGAGAAACAAGGAGGAGAGUGAAACUAAAGCUGCUCCGUUCACAAUCCAUACAAAAAAGCUUUAUUCAGCACAUGCAGAAAUCAUCAGUCAGAUAGUUUCCAGCUGUGUUUCCCACACUGUUGAUGACAAUACCAGCCGUACUCCACUAUGAACUGUCACAGAAUAGAAAACAUUACUAUAUUAGCCGUAUCUGAAGGUUUGGACAGUUAUGUCCACGUGGAUAACUUUUCUAGAGAGUAAUGCUUGUUUGUGCGGGGACUCGAGUCCUGUGAGGUUUUCUGAUGGAUGUUCUUCCUGCUCCCCAGAAAUGUCUCUUAAGAGAUCACUAUGAAACAGGAAAACGUGGCUGCCAUUGUAAACAUGCACACCUUCCCUGCAUCCACACUUUUUCCAAACACCGCCUCUCCGCAACGACUUUCAAUCUAAAAAGCACAAAACACACACGAGCAAUACACCCACACAUCGUUCUCAGGGCCACCUGACACACACACACACACGUGUAUGCAAAUAGACACACAUGUAAUCAUAUAUGUAAAUAUCUAAGCACUCACCGACAAUAACAGCCGAGCACAUCGAGACAGCGUGGCGUUCUUUGCUCUGUAUAUUACACUUAAGAUUGUACUGUAUGUAGUGAGAGUCACACAAGUGGUUAGGCCUUGUUUGUACUUUAGGAUUUGAGCCAUGUAUAGCUGAGAAAACACACCGCCCCCAUUUGUUAUCUCGGUGCUUUAUAACGGGCUGUCCGUAGCACUGUAUGUAAAGGAUUUUACUUUUGCUUUUUGGAGCGGUUAUCUGUGAACAACUCGAGCUUUGCUGACAGGAGAAAAGAGGGGAGGGGAGAAAACUUUUUUUGGCAAUAUAUGCAGGAGCUUUGCGCAUUUAGAUGCUGCAAUAUGUUCAGUAGUUAACGGGUUCUGAGUGCUUUGGCUGCCAGGUACCGUCAGCUUUUUUUUGGACUCACUUUGAAGACUGUCGAGCCCGGUUUCCCUAAGGCACCUCUUCAUCCCCCCUGCCAGGUCAAAGGUUAAAACAAGGAAAGCGAAUGAUGCAGAGAUGCUGAUGGGAAAUGGGUUUUGGAUUUGUUCUGGGAUUCAUCCAGACACCAAAGACUCUUAAAGCCUUUGUUGCACAAAUCUGAUCAUCCCGGCAGUCUCAGAAGUGAGAAACCAAUACGGUAGAUGUGAUCUGAUAUUCGCCAAUCUAGACAGUUAUGAAAUAUCAGGUAAAAAGAAAAGUGUAAAUAAAAAAAACGGUGUCUUGCUCAUUCUUGCAUCACCACAGAGAGUUGUGUUUUAAGUCUGGGAGUCGUGCUAAACUUGUCUGGGAGCAGAAGGAGAAGAUCUGCAGAAAGAAAGAGCCGGAAAGUCCAAUCCGUGAGUCGCACCCUGAACUCUGCAGGGCAGCAGAAAUAGAUCCGGGAUCACGUUUCGACUGCCGAGGCAAAGCGAACCAGACUAACUGCUGAACACGUCAUUCUCUCUGAGUGUGUGUGCAUGUGUGUCGUGGGGGGGGGAAAUGUGUGUUUUUGUGUGUUCGCCUUGCAAGCACAUAAACCGGAGGCUAAUGGGGGAAGCUAUUUCACACCCAUAUGCACGCAUACAUACACACAAUAUUGCGAUCACAAUAAGCAUGUUGUUGCAUACUUCCUGGUCAUGGUCCACCUCCUGAUAAAACGAUCGAAGCAUUUUGGUUGGGAAUGUACACUGUCGUUAUAGUGAUUGUAGAGUAGAAUGUAUUUACUCAUAGAAAGAGUAAACUUGCUUUUUUGUAGAGAAGCAUAUAUACAGAAUAUAUAUGGAUACAUACAUAUAUAUACAUCUAUAUAUCUUUUGAACUACUUGUGUGUGAGAGUUGUUUUUGGGGCGCAUCCACCCUUUUGGAUUCACAUUUCUUCCCCCUUUUUCAAUUUUUAUUUAUAAUUGUUCUGACAAAAGUAGCGUCUUACGAGUGAUGAGUGUUUACUUUUUUUCUGUAAAUAUGAUUUUUUUUAUUUUAUUUUAUUUUUGACAAAAAGGGGAUUAAAAGAGAAACAGUUUUACGAUGCCGCCUGUGAAACUAUGAAGUGAUUAUCUGUCCACAGAAUCUGUUUUGAUCCAUGAAAUUAUCAAAGUAUAAUGUUUGUGAAAUGUAACGAUGAACAGGGUGGUGAGUGAACGGAGGCCGAUGACGGGGUCAUUUGAACUCGCUGCGUUGAUCGUUUUGAUUAGUAGCAACAUUCACAGCGGUGAUGAUCUGUGGUUGUCACUGUUUUUUGACAUAAUCUAUGCUUGACGAACUGAAAAUAAAUCUGAGAAAGUGCUGAAUCUCUA